CUCUUUUUCAUUAUUUUAUCCACUAUCUAAUACGUCAAAACUGAACAAAUUUAUCAUUCUCACUCUCUUUCGUUAUUCCCCUGUGUAACUCUAUUUAUAUAUCAUGCCAGCAGAAAGAAAACCUAUUGUCAUGCAAACAAAAAAAACCAACAUUAUUUAUGAAAACUGGAAAGUCUAUUCUCUUCACAACAAACUCAUGUUCCGUUGUAACGAAAAAAAAGCAAACUGGUAUUUGAAACGAAACUUGGCCAAAUUGAUACCUGGUGAACGAACAAUUCAAUUGACCUUUGAAGCCAAAGGAAAUGGACACAAAGAAGGUGAUUAUAUGGUUGAAGAACGAAUCAACACUUGUGUAGCAUGUAAUGCAACUGAACUAUUAACUAUGCACCAUGUAGUUCCUGAAAUGUAUCGUCGAGCUAUGCCUCUUUCCAUCAAAUCAAAAUCGAGCCGGGACAUUCUCUUACUUUGCAAACAAUGCCAUCAUCUAUACGAAGAUAAAGCAACCCAAUUAAAGAAAGAAUUAAUGAAACAAUAUGAUUGUCCGUUGGAAGGAAAAGGAUGGAUCAAUUCGGCAGAAAAACGACAGGUACGCAAGGCAGCCACGGCAUUAUUACGGUUUGAAGAUAAAAUACCCCAACAACGACGAGAUGAGCUCAUAUUGGUUGUAAAGGAGUAUUAUGAUCGUCAUGAAAAUCAAAACGAACCGAUAUCAUAUGACGACGACGGAAGGAUAAUGGCUUGGAAGACAAUUUUGGAACAAUAUAGUCGACUUGAAGAUGUAUACCGUGGACCAGACUUUAUAGACCAUGGGACUUGCGUGAUUCGACAACUGAUGGAAAAAGGAAAGAUAACCUCGGAAGACGGAAAACAGGAACGUUGGCCCGAAUUGGAAAACUUCAUCAAGUUAUGGCGACAACAUUUUUUGGAUCAUCUGGAACCGAAAUACCUUAGUGCAAGCUGGACCGUGAAUGGAGAAAUUUACAAUCAUUAAUUAGUUAGAUGACUUUGAUGAUUUAUAUAUAGUAUUAUUUUGUAGUUUUAUGUAUUAUAGUUUAUGUUUUAGUUAAUAAAGAGGAUGAUCACUCCUUUUUUUUU